AUGGAAAACGAGACGGGCAGUGGACAGAACGAGACCCAGCUGCAGGCCCAGGAGAUGGUCUCCCUUCAAUACCAAGUGGUGACCAUUCUCUUGGUGCUCCUAAUCUGUGGACUGGGAAUUGUGGGAAACAUCAUGGUGGUCCUGGUGGUGAUGAGAACCAAGCAUAUGAGGACCCCUACUAAUUGUUACCUAGUGAGCCUGGCAGUUGCUGACCUCAUGGUGUUGGUGGCGGCAGGUCUUCCCAACAUCACUGACAGCGUCUACAGAUCUUGGGUCUAUGGCUAUGUCGGAUGCCUUUGCAUCACGUAUCUCCAGUACUUAGGAAUCAAUGCUUCUUCUUGCUCAAUAACAGCCUUCACAAUUGAGAGGUACAUAGCCAUCUGCCACCCAAUCAAAGCUCAGUUUCUCUGCACUUUUUCAAGAGCCAAAAAGAUCAUUAUCUUCGUGUGGGCUUUCACCUCUAUUUACUGCCUGCUCUGGUUUUUCCUCCUUGAUCUCAAUACGGUCACCUACAGAGAUGCUGUUGUUGUGUCCUGCGGCUAUAGAGUCUCAAGAAACUAUUAUUCACCCAUUUACCUUCUGGACUUUUCUGUAUUUUAUGUUGUCCCGAUGAUAUUAGCCACCGUCCUCUACGGACUCAUAGCCAGAAUAUUGUUCCUGAAUCCCAUUCCUUCAGAUCCUAAAGAAAGCUCUAAGACAUGGAGGAAUGACUCAACUCAUCAAAACAAGAGUUUGAAUUCUAAGACAUCCAGCAGAUGUUUCAACAGUACUAUUUCCUCAAGGAAACAGGUUACUAAGAUGCUGGCAGUGGUUGUGAUCCUGUUUGCCCUUUUGUGGAUGCCUUACCGAACCCUCGUGGUGGUCAACUCCUUCCUCUCCACGCCCUUCCAAGAAAACUGGUUUCUGCUCUUUUGUAGACUAUGCAUUUACCUCAACAGCGCGAUCAACCCAGUCAUUUAUAAUCUCAUGUCUCAGAAAUUCCGAGCCGCUUUCAGGAAACUCUGCAACUGUAAGCAGAAACGAUUGGAGAAACCUGCCAACUACAGUGUGGCUCUAAACUACAGUGUUAUCAAAGAGUCGGAUCAUUUCAGUACAGAGCUUGAUGACUUCACUAUUACAGACACUUAUCUGUCCACUACAAAAGUGUCCUUUGAUGAUACCUGUUUAUCUGAUGAGGUAACAUAUAGCAGAACCUGA